AGAAAACGCUUUGACGUAUCUUCAACAAUUGCUUCCAUAGAACUGACUAACCAAUAAUUUCAACCCUAGCCUUUUUUAAACAAUUGUCCCUAAUUAUAACAAAAAUAUUGUAAAAAGGAAAGUGGUAGUAAAGUUCGAAAAAAUUAAAUGUUUUUUUUUGGUUAAAUUAACCUAGCGUGUUUCAAAGAUGUAUAAGUUGACGAGAUUUUCUGUCAAAAAAAUCACAAAAGAACUCAUUACUCAAGAUAAAAAAUUUAAAGGACAUAGUAAAUGGCAAAACAUAAGGCAUAUAAAAGCAGAAAAAGAUGCUGAAAAAGCUGCAAUGAUCAUAAACUUGUGUCGUCGAAUAAAAGUUGCAAUUGCCGAGGGUGGAAGCCUUAAACCAAGUGAUAAUCCUCGAUUGCAAGCAGUACUUAAAGAAGCAAGAAGAAAGAAUAUGCCAGCAGCUACAAUUGAUAAAUUUUUGAACAGAAUAGAAAAUAGUAAGGUAAAAACAGAGAUAAUUGAUUGUCGAGGUCCAGGAAAAUCAGUAUUUCUGAUUAAAAUAUUAACUGAGAAUCCUAAAGGUGUACGAAUGGAGUUUAAUACAAUAUUCAGAAAGGCCGGUUGUAUUAAUGGCGAUGGAAAAUUAGUAUCUAUGUUCAAUCAUUAUGGCUAUAUUAUCACUGAGAUGAAAGAUAAUUUAGAUGUUGCAAUAGAAGAUGCUAUUGCUGUUGGAGCUGAUGAAGUUGAAAUAAUCGAAGAUAAGGGAAAAUAUUAUGAAUUCGCCUGUAAUCCAAUCAUGAUGCCAAGAAUACAAACUCAAUUAGAGAAAUUGAAUUAUAAAAUAAUAACAUUCGAUGAUCUAUAUGUUCCUCGAGCAACGAUAACGCUAUCAAAAGAAGAAAAUGAAAAAGUAAAUCAUCUAUAUACUAAAUUAGAUAUAAGAGAUGAAAUAGUCAAUAUUUAUCAUAAUAUUGAAUAUCCUGAAGAAGAUGAAAAAUCUACUAAAUCUAAAUAAAUUGUCUAGCACUCUUCAAAGUUGUUAAUAAUUUAACAAAUAAACGCUUUU